CCCCUUCCAGAAGUUGGCGUGCCUUGUUUCUUCUCCAUAGAGCAUUAAUUAUGCAUCGAUGUGGCCUUCUCACAUCCUUUAAAGAGCCAGUGCCUUUGAAAAGCAUUUCGGUGGAUGUCAUUAUACGAGGUUUCGUGGCUGACGUCGUAUCGGAACUCCAGUACCAGAAUGAGGAAAAGAAUCCAGUGGAGGCCACUUUUGUCUUCCCUCUGGAUGAUGAAGCUGCAGUAUAUGCCUUUGAAGGUCUGAUAGAUGGGAAAAGGAUUGAGGCCCAGAUCCGAGAGAAGAAGCAGGCAGAGCAAGAAUAUGAUGAUGCCCUGAGUGAAGGCCGCCAGGCUUUUCUGCUUGGGAGAGAAGAAAAUACCAGUGACAUUUUCACAUGCAACCUGGGCAAUCUUCCUCCUGGUGGGGAAGCCACACUGAAACUGCGCUAUGUUCAAGCACUAGCAGUGGAACCAGAUGAUGCAGUCCGUUUUGUCCUGCCAGCUGUCUUGAACCCCCGCUAUGUUCCUGAAGGCUCAGAAGGGGGCACCGUUUCCCAGCAGAUACCACGAGUGUCCACAGAAGCUCUACCUUAUGCUCUCACCCUCAGUGCCAAGGUGGAGUCCCCCUAUGGCAUCAACCGGGUGGACUCAAAAUGCAGUCUUAUACAAAAUAUGUCAGAGGAUCGCACUGCUGCCCAGGUCUCCUUGGCUAAAGGGCACCAAUUUGACCGUGAUGUGGAACUGCUGAUAUAUUAUGAAGAUGUGCACAAGACUAGUACCAUUUUAGAGGCUGGGAAAUCUGGAGCUACUCCAGGUUCACUGAUGGGAGACCCAGCCCUCCUGCUAAGCCUGUACCCAAACAUUCCAGUUGCCAAAGCAGGUCAGUGUGUUCCUGGAGAGUUUAUCUUCCUUCUGGAUCGCUCUGGCAGCAUGGGUACCUUCAUUGGUUAUAGUUUGGGCUCACAAUCACGCAUCGAGAGUGCUAAGGAGACCUUGAUUUUCUUGCUAAAGAGUCUCCCUCUGGGAUGUUACUUCAACAUCUAUGGUUUUGGCUCUACUUAUGACUCAUUUUACCCGCAGAGUGUUAAGUAUACCCAGGAAACUAUGGAUACAUCUGUCCAACGUGUGAAGGAGUUGGAUUGUGACUUGGGAGGUACAGAGAUUGUAAAACCCCUGAAGGCUAUUUACAGCCAGCCAUGCUUUGAAGGACAUCCUCGACAGAUCUUUGUGUUCACUGAUGGAGAAGUGUCCAAUACAAAUGAGGUCAUUGCUGAAGUUCGACGUAACAGUCACUUCCAUAGGUGCUUCUCCUUUGGAAUUGGGGAAGGGGCUUCCACAUCCCUGGUCAAAGGCAUUGCUCGAGCUGCUGGAGGCAGUGCUGAAUUCAUCACUGGCAAAGAACGCAUGCAGGCCAAGGCUUUGCAAAGUUUGAAGAAAGCCCUUCAGCCAGCGGUAUCAGGGAUCUCUCUGAACUGGGAACUGCCAUCUGGCCUUGAGGCCAAACCUGUGGGGUCAGGCCCUCAGGUCAUUUUCCAAGGUCAGCGCUGCCUCAUCUAUGCCCAGAUCCGGGGCCAACUUCAGACGACAGGCUCCAUGGAGGGGACAGCCAUUGUUCGGUAUAAUUUCCAAAAUGAGAGUCCCACAGAAACAACAAAAUUCUCAUUCCAACUUGAGAAGACAGACAGGCUCCCUGUUCACCGUCUUGCAGCUCAGGCGCUGUUGCAGGAAUUAGAAGAGGACAAGGAGAUGGUGGAGGAAAAGCGGCUCCUGGCGCUAGAGACAAGCCUGAGCUCUGGGGUGGUGUGUUCCCAGACAGCCUAUGUGGGUGUGAACACGGAGCUGGGCAAGCCGGUUCAAGGACCUCUCCUCCGCCGAGAUGUCCCCCUUCCAGCUGCAGUUUUCACAUAUGCAUCGCCAGUAGCGCUCCGAAUGAAAGCGGGAUCACCAGGUAAAAAUAAAUGCAGUUCAGCUGCCAAAUCAGAUCAUGGAACAUAUUUCGGCUCACGGUCGUUAGGUUCAGUUUUCAAUGUGAGGGCGAAGAGAUGUGCUGUACCACAAAUGGAAUGUAAAGUGAGAAAAUCACCCCAUCCAGCAAAAGCUUUGAACAGCUCAAGAAGCAGCACUAAGGAAGAAGAAUCUCCUCUUUUGAAGUUGGUAUCCCUGCAGAAUGCAGAUGGCUCCUGGCCUCAUGGGCCUGCCUUAGCCACCAUACUAGACCUGAGUGAAGCUGAGAUCUCAGACAAAGCACCAACCCAUGUGACCCCAGAUAUAUGGGCAACAGUGCUGGCUAUUCUCUGGCUUCAUUUGAAUGCUGCAGAGAAGAGAGAUGAAUGGGAACUGCUGGAAGGAAAAGCUGUCCAUUGGCUCCAAGUGAAUUCAGGAGAUCAACUGGCUAAGUGUGUGAAUGCUGGCAAUGAAGUUCUGGGAAGCAGAGUCAGCCCCCAGGUAUUUGGGCUCUGAGUUUACAGUGUCAUCCUAUGCCUGAAACUGGGACAUCUGCAUCUAUUCUGCUUCUUUUCUUGCUGCAAUGUAAUCUGCUACAACCUCCAUUAGAAUCUACUAGGUUCUGGGUUGUCAUUCCCUUGAAAGUACCAGUGCAUUGCUUACAAACUCACUAAGUUCUAAUGCAUCACAAAUUGCUCUACUGGUGCAUUGAUAUGCAAGCAUUCUAGGCACAAAUGUAGCAAUAGUGAGUAUUUAGGCUUAUAUAUCACCCUAUAGCAUUUUACAGCACUCUCUGGGAGGUUUACAAUAUUGAAGCAUUAUUUGCAUAUUGCCCCCAACUGUCUGGGUCCUCAUUUUAUCAGUCUUGGAAGGAUGGAAGGCUGAGACAACUUUGAGCCCUAUCAGGAUUGAACUCCUGUGUGCAGAGUUUGCUGGUAAUACUGUAUUCUAAACACUAUC